UGCUGAUCAAAGGUCCAGUAUGAUAGAGAUAUUACACCCCAUGGCCUCCAAAAGAGUUACUUAGCAGACUCGGGUUGAUGAGCUUCCAAGACAGGUGAAGCUCAGCCCUCAGUUGCUUAUACACUCCACCAACUCGCCAAGCUUUGCCGCUUCUGCUGAAGCCAUAAGGAGAGCAGACUUCCCUCCUGGUUUCACCUUCGGCACUGCUUCUUCAGCUUACCAGUACGAGGGUGCUGUGAAUGAGGGUCAACGUGGACCCACAAUAUGGGAUACUCUCACAAGACGACCCGGUGCAGUAAAAACGAUUUAUUGCAAAAAGACGGGUGAUAGAUUUCAGUAAUGCGGAUGUUGCUGUUGAUCACUACCAUCGUUACAAGGAAGAUGUGGACUUAAUGAAGGACAUUGGUGUGGAUGCAUACCGGUUCUCUAUCUCAUGGUCUCGCAUCUUCCCAAACGAUUUUCUUGCCAGAUGGUACGGGCAAACCUAAUGAAGAAGGAUUGAGUUACUAUAACAGCCUCAUAGAUGUUCUAUUAGAUAAAGGUAUACAGCCAUAUGUAACACUCUUUCACUGGGACCUUCCCCAAGCACUGGAAGACAAAUACGGUGGCUGGUUAAACUCGCAAAUCGUGGAGGAUUUUGUUCAUUAUGCUUCUACUUGCUUCGAGGAAUUCGGAGAUCGAGUGAAGCACUGGAUCACUGUUAACGAGCCUCAUAACUUUGCAAUUGAUGGUUAUGAUUUUGGUAUCCAAGCACCUGGGAGGUGUUCCAUUAUGUCUCAUUUGUUUUGUAAGGACGGUAGAUCAUCAACUGAACCAUAUAUUGUAGCUCACAACAUACUCUUAGCUCAUGCUGGUGCUUUUCAUACUUACAAGCAACAUUUCAAGAAAGAACAAGGAGGUCUCAUUGGAAUUGCACUUGAUUCCAAGUGGUAUGAACCAUUGUCAGAUGUCGAUGAAGACAGAGAAGCAGCAGCACGAGCAAUGGACUUUGAGCUUGGAUGGUUUUUGGAUCCCUUAAUGUUUGGCCACUAUCCCCCAUCUAUGCAGAAACUAGUGGGCAGCAGGCUGCCUCAGUUUUCAAAACAGGAAUCGCAGUCAGUAUCCGGGUCACUAGAUUUUGUAGGCAUAAACCACUACACUACAUUAUAUGCUAGGAACGACAGGAUGCGUGUCAGGAAACUUGUAAUGAAUGAUGCCUCAACCGAUGCUGCUGUCAUUCCAACUGCUUACAGACAUGGAAAGAGAAUAGGAGAAACGGCAGCAUCAAGUUGGCUGCACAUAGUUCCCUGGGGUAUGUUCAAACUGAUGAAACAUGUUAAAGAAAAGUAUGGAAAUCCACCUGUGUUCAUUACUGAAAAUGGUAUGGAUGAUGCAAACAAUCGAUUUUCAAGGUUAGAGAAUGUCCUUCAAGAUGAUGAAAGGAUACAGUACCACAACGACUACAUGUCUAACCUCCUAGAUGCUAUAAGGAAGGAAGGCUGCAACGUCCACGGUUACUUCGUGUGGUCGCUGCUCGAUAACUGGGAGUGGAACUCGGGGUACACGGUGCGGUUCGGCCUGUACUACAUCGACUACAACAACAACCUGACAAGGAUACCCAAAGCAUCAGUCAAAUGGUUCAGUCAGGUUCUUGCCCAGAAGACGGCCAUCAUGUAGAUAAAGAGUGAAGUGGUCACCCAAUGCCCAUUUUAAGUGUGCAUAGUUACCACCAUACUUGCAUAUUUAGGAACAAAAUGUAAAUUAACUUUCCCUGUACGACCGUCAACCACGCUGUUGACCGAGUCGUCGUUGUGGUCCUACUUGUACAUUGAUGUUACAGAAAUCAACAAAGAGAAUUGCGGCUCUCAAGCAUCCCA